CUUUAAUGGCUCCAUUGAAGGACACACGCAGAGCAGAGCAAGGAGUGUCAGGGGUGUGCAGCAGGAUGUUUUCCAGGGGAAGUGAGGACAUCCACAGGCACUACAGCUUCCCGUGGCUGAUGUAAGCCCCCUGAGGACCCUCGUGGAGGACGUUUCUGUGUGGAGUGCCGGACGGGUGGUUAAGAAAGAAAGUGGCAUAAUUGUCGGCUCCAUCGAUUUCCCCCCAACAAGGGUCCAGUGACACCCCGCCCUGCCCCGCAGAUGGUGCUCAGCCUGGCCAUGGACUCCAGAGAGGAUGGGGACAGCUGGAUGGAGGAACAGUGGGAGAAAUGGUUAACCCAUGACAUCAGUCUGAAUGAAUACGAGGAUGAUGACCUGUCAGAAGUAACAGAAAUCACAGAUGAGAACGGAAUCACUCUCAGCCACCUCGACCUCGACCCUAAAGAUCACAUGACCCAGCCGACCAAUGGUACGCCGAGGAGCGGCCGGAGGAGGGGGGUGGUGGAGCUGCAGACGGAGAUGCUUCACUUGGACCUGAUUGAUGCAGAGGGAGGAAUCCAGGAAGAAGAGGAGGAAAAGGAGGACGAGAGGCAGCCGGUUGAUGCCGUCGAUGACAACCACAAGCAAGAGCAGGGCGCAGGGCCGCCUGUCACUCAGCCUCAGCUAAAGGAUUUCAUCCCUGCCGUCGCCAUGGAUACCUACCGGCCCAAGAGACCCACCACCCUGAAUCUUUUCCCUCAAGUGCCAAGGACUCAGGACACAAUAAAUAACAAUUCCUUUGGUGAGAAAGAACGGAGGAAAGAAAAGAAAACCCAUUCUUCAUCACCACACAUUAAGGGAGAUCCGGCGGCCAAACCUGAGCAGGUUAGCCUGACCGAUGGGGACAAAGUUCAGGCCAGGGCUGACACCAAACCACGAGGCCCUGCCUCCUCUACGAAUAAAUCCUCAGCCUUUCGCAGCAAGCAGCAGGACAAGUUGUCAGAGUCUUUGAACAACCCCAAAGUGGUGGAGCCCCUCAAACAGGCAGUCAUGAGGGAAAAAUCCACGGAAGUAACCCUCAUAGAGGGUGUCCUUGACAUCCCGAUUAUCUGCAAGGAAAAAGCCCGGUAUCACACCGUCAAUGGCUAUCGGGAACAAGUGCAGUAUCCUGUGGAGAAUGAAGGUACGUGUGACCAGUCGGUCGACAAAAACAAGGACUAUCGCAUUUCGGAAGGAAACGCCACUGAGGAGAUCCACCUCACGCCUGUUAACGGUGAGCAGGAGCGACCGUUUCUGUCUCAGAGCAGUGACAGCAAUCGCAUGUCCAUUAGUUCAGACACGGAGCUUCCUCCGGCUCACUACUACCCAUCGGCGGGUUGUCCAAACCCCUCCAUUAGCGAGGAGGAUGAGGUGUACCCACCCACACCCCCAUGCCGGACUGUCAGCCUCAGUGACCCGGGGGAUGCUAGUCAGCGGACUGAAAUCCGGAAGCCCAAAGUGGCAAAGGAGGACACCUUAAAGACGGUGGCGGUCAGCACGGAUGCUUCGGGACUGACGUAUGACUCUGUUAAGUACACCCUGGUGGUGGAUGAGCAUGCUAAGCUCGAGCUAGUGAGCAUCAAGGACUGCUACAAAGGUUACGAAAGUGACAGCGACAAUACAGUCUACGAGUCCGCCAUCGACGAUGAUGACGAGGAUCAGGAAGCGGACGAAGAGGAGGAAGAGUCUGGAGCCAGGAGCAUGAGGAGAGACACUUCCUGUUUGUCUGCGGACUCCACCACAGACACAACCUCAGACGUGCCCCGUUCCCGCAAGUUCAUGAACGUCUUUGUGAAUGGACGGUCGCGUUUCUCUGGGGCUGAGUUUGGAUUCUUCUCCUGUGUUAUUAAUGGAGAGGAAAGAGAACAGAGCCACAGAGCAGUGUUCAGGUUUAUCCCUCGCCACGAUGAUGAGUUGGAUUUGGAGGCGGAUGACCCCUUACUGGUCGAGGUGCAGGCCGAGGAUCUGUGGUGCGAGGGCUACAACAUGCGCACUGGAUCCAGAGGCAUCUUUCCUGCAUUCUACGCCGUCAAGGUGACAAAGGAUGAACUUGUUAAAGAGGUCAAAGGUGACUGGAUGGACAAAUUCUGGGUGAAAUUCCUUGGUUCUGUUCAAGUGCCGUAUCACAAAGGGAACGAUGUGCUUUGUGCCGCCAUGCACAAGAUAGCAUCAAACAGAAGAACAACAAUGCAGUUCAGCCCCCCUUCGCCUUGCAUUCUGGAAAUCAACACAAGAGGAGUGAAAAUCAUUGUUCAGGAUGACUGUCGGACUUCUGGAAGGGGUGAGAAGUGCUUUCACUUUUUUCAAUUGAAAAACAUCUCCUUCUGCGGAUGCCAUCCAAAGAAUAAAAAGUAUUUUGGACUAAUAACGAAACAUCCAGCAUACCAGAGAUUCGCUUGUCACGUGUUCUUCUCAGAUGAUACAACCACAAAACUGGCUGAAUCUGUAGGGAAAGCUUUUCAGCAAUUCUACAAAGAACAUAUGGAAUAUUCCUGUCCGACAGAAGACAUCUUCCUCGAAUGACCUUCAGUCUAUUUGUAUUUUUGCAUUAUCACAUACUAUAUGAGGUGUCGCAUGAUGGUGGUUUUGAUCCUCUUUGUAACGUGUCAUGUUGAUGAUAUAAUGUUGAUGUCUAUUUUAGACAAAUGUUAAAAUCGAAACAGAUAUCGGCCACAGCGCAACUACUUUCACCUCGUACAACUCGAGUAUUACUGACUGGUGUAAAGCCUUACGAAGUUUAAUAACUAAAAAAAAAAUGUUCGAUGUAACUUGUAAAAAUCAUUUCUGUGCGAGGUUUGGUUUCAUUUGAAUUCAUUCGAAGCACAAUGUUUGAUGCAUUAAUGAUGGAUGAAACAACAGAAGACAGAAAAGAAAUCUUAAAGCUAUGCCGGAUCCAAAAUCAUGAUCUGUAUUUCAAAGUUUUUAUCAGAAACCAAAGCUUUACUGGGGCACGUCCUUCUUCACUCAGAAUGGAUGUGAAGCACGUAAUUGAAUUCAGCCCAGUUUGUCCAUCUGGUGUCCGUGACCUUCUUUGCACCACAGGUUAAGACCACUUUACAACAAAUUCCUGCGUCAUUUUGAAAGGGUGGCUAGCAACGAUUUAAACCCAAGGUUACGAAUCCCUGAUCCAGAGCAUUAAAGUGCAGUCACAUUUAUCGCUGUUUAUUUGAAAUCCAGUCAUUUCAAUAGGAAUCCUACGGAAAGCUACUUGAUUUCCAUUCACACAGAGCGGGUGAACGCAAAGACACGGGCCAGUGGAAUGAAAAAAAGGCAAGGUCUAGAGACGCGUUUUCGGAGAACGCAAAAAACGUGAGAUGCGAGCGUAAUUGUCAAACACAUGGUUCACAAAGAAUGUGUAUUUGCUGUUAAAAACGCAAGAUGCAGGUCAGUGGAGACCUGGAGAUGCAUUUUUAAAAAGCUUUAACUUGAGCAGCAUGUUUUUAGAAUGCCAUGCCUACACCAGACGUGACUGGCACAUGUGAUGCGACAAAAGCAAAUAGAACCCAUUAUAAUCAGUGAUGCUGUCUACACUGGAUGCGGCGUGAUGCAUCACGAAAAAUUCGCGACAGUAAACUGAAGCCCCGUUCCAUUUUUGAUGUACUCCAAGCGCUCGCGCUACUUCUGAUAUGAAGGACAAAUGGAUUUGCUACAGUCACUUUGUCGCGUCCACUGUGGACAGCUUCUAGCUGACGGUGUAGAUACGAUGUCAUGUGCAAGACGCAAGUGCAAUGGUUAAAGACGUUCGUCUAGCACAUGUUUGCAUUGAAGAACAAUGGUAAAGCUGCGCAGUGGAACAGAAAAACGCAACGGACCCUAGCGUGUUUACAUACAACACGUUUUUCUAUUCCAUUCCACAUUUUUUCAUUUUCCAUUCCACCGCGCUACUUUUCCAUUGUUUUCCUGUGUGUACGGCGCCAGUGCCAGAAUUUUAAGUGUUCUAUGUUAAAUCGGGUAUGUGCUGACGUUUAUCUGCACACUACAAAGUCUUAUAAAUACAAUAUAGCAUCCAGGCUUACUUCGGUGAAUGCUUUUUCUUUUUGGUUCUCGUAUUCAAUGUUUAUGUGUGCUUAGAUUCCCAUAUGUUGCUCUGUUAAACAGAGCGUAGUCUGGGCCUAUUUGCAUUCUGGUUCAAUCUCAGAAUCCCUGACGUAUGUAGCUGUGAAAACCAAAUAAUUUCUUUUUACAUUCUAUAUUAGAUAUCUUAUUUAUAAAUAUAACGAAAUGGAAAGAUCUUAAAGUAUAUAUUAUUCUGGCACCUGAAAUAUAUAUAAGGAGAGGAUGCAACACUGUCAUAAUGACAAAAAGGCCUGUAUAAAUGGUGCUUGAGGAAUACUGCUGCCUGGUAGUGAAAAGAUUGUGCUUGCUCAUUUUUCUCCUGAUACAGGUUUCAAAGCCAAGGCCUAAAAUGGACCCAUCUUCACCAGUCCUUUCAAAAUGGCACAUCCUCACAGCAUGCGCUUACCUAAUAUGCAAUAUUCACAAAAUGAGCAGUCUAAAAUUGAAUAAUCUGCAGACCAAAUGAUGUUCUGUAGAACAGUUUGUCUCACUGUGCGUGAAGAUAUUUUGCUUGGUACGGCCAUUUUGAAAGGUGGUAAUCAGUUAUUAGGACCAUCUGUGUCUGCAAAAAAUAUCUGCGAACCGAUCCUGCAAAAUCACAAGUUGUGCCUAUUUCAUCUGUUAUCACUGUACAUUGUUUUGUUUUUUUGUUUUUUUAAUUGAUCAUAACUGUUCUGUGGAACCCAUAAAAUUAAAUCCUAUUUGUAAA